UGAACCCGGAAGUGCUCGCUCAGGUCGCUCUUUCCAGCACAACAACGCAGUAACAGCGGGUUAGCUAUAUAUAUUUUUGUCCUUUUAAAGGCGUAUAAAAUCUAGGUGAAAAUGUCCGGAGGGGUCCAACUGGAGAAUGCGAACCCGGUGGUCUUCCAGCGCUCCUUGGACAGGAUGCUAACAGCGUCCGAGGAGGACGAAGACGUUCACGACCCCAUCGACGACAGGGAGAUAUUUGAUCUGAUCCGGUCCAUCAACGACCCGGAGCAUCCGCUGUCUCUGGAGGAGCUGAACGUGGUGGAGCAGGUCCGAGUCCAGGUCAAUGAUACGGAGAGUACUGUGAGUGUCGAGUUCACUCCCACAAUCCCCCACUGUAGCAUGGCAACACUCAUUGGUCUGUCCAUCAAGGUCAAGCUUUUGCGCUCCCUGCCGGAGAGGUUCAAAAUUGAUGUUCACAUCACUCCUGGAACUCAUGCCUCAGAAGAAGCAGUAAACAAACAGCUGGCGGACAAAGAGAGAGUAGCAGCAGCUUUGGAGAACUCGUCUCUGUUGGAAGUAGUCAACCAGUGCUUGUCCAGCAGGACCUUCUAAACAUCUUGGACUGAAUGAUACUUUUCCUUCGUUUCCCAGUUAUCAUUUACCCACCAGAUCAUGCCUCUGUCUGUCUGUCUGUGACAUGGAGAUGGAGCUGAUGUACAUACAACCAGAAAGGCUGCCGAUUAAAAGCUCGUCUCCCAAGUUGGCAAAUAUUUACCUCAGAAGUUUCUUCAGUAACACAUUUUAAGAUUUACUUUCUUUUUAAGCCAAAGGUUUUAUGUACAUCAUUUGUUGUUGUCUGUAUAUAAUGCACAUAUAUUUUUAGUAAAAUAAAUAAAACAUGUACUUCCAGCAA